AUGGCCAAAUAUUAUUCUUGUUGCAAUUUCUUGAUCUUUUUUGCUCUAUUUUUGAAUAUUUGGGUGUGCGCAAAUGCGCAUUUUAAUUAUAAAGAAGCCUUAACGAAAUCCAUUAUUUUCUUGGAGGCCCAAAGGUCGGGGAAACUUCCUCCAAACCAUAGGCCUCCAUGGAGAGGUGAUUCCGCUCUUGAUGAUGGAAAAGAAGCCGGUGUUGAUUUGGUUGGGGGAUACUAUGAUGCUGGAGAUAAUGUCAAGUAUGGCUUUCCAAUGGCGUUUACGGUUACCACAUUGGCAUGGGCUGCGUAUUUUUAUGGGCCCGAGAUUCAAGAUUCCGGGGAAAUGAAUAAUCUUCUUGAUAGUAUCCGAUGGGGCACCGAUUAUCUUCUCAAAGCUAGUGUUCAGGAUAAUCGUUUGUUUGUUCAGGUAGGAGAUCCAAAAGCUGAUCAUCAAUGUUGGGUGAGGCCCGAGAACAUGAAAACACCAAGAACGGUGCUGGAGAUCAAUCAAAAUCGUCCUGGAACCGAGAUUGCUGCUGAGACCGCUGCUGCUUUGGCUGCUUCAUCUAUUGUUUUUCGCGACGUUGAUAAGCCUUAUGCCGAGAACCUGCUUAACAGGGCCAAAAAGCUCUUUCAAUUUGCUGAGGAGCAUCAAGGAACUUUCGAUGGCGCAUGCCCUUUCUAUUGCUCUUACUCUGGUUAUAAUGAUGAGUUACUAUGGGGGGCAACAUGGUUAUACAUAGCCACAAAGGAUCAACAAUAUUCACAAUAUAUACUAGAGGAGUCCACCUCUGCUGUUGUUUAUGAGUUCAGUUGGGACCUCAAAUUUGCUGGUGUGCAGGUCCUUCUUUCCCAGUUGUAUUGGGAAGGGCAAAAGGAAUUUCAAACGUUCCAAGAACAAGCCAAUGGAUAUAUAUGUUCAGUUCUUCCUGAAAGCCCUUACCGUCAACCUUUUAUGACCCCAGGAGGGUUGAUUCACUUUAGAGACGGUGCGAAUUCACAAUAUGUGACAUCCACGGCAUUUCUUUUCAGUGUGUACAGUGAUUUGUUGGCUAAACACAAUAUCCAAGUCACUUGUGGUGAUAAAACCUUCACUCAUGUGGAACUCAUGGGUUUUGCUAAACAAGAGAUGGAUUAUUUACUAGGAAAUAAUCCGGUAAAAAGAUCAAUAAUGGUAGGAUUUGGUCAAAAUCCACCUCUCCACGCGCAUCAUAGAGGUGCAUCGGUGCCAAUGAUGGCUCCAACCGAAGAUGUAAACUGUGGGAUGAGCUUUGUUUACUGGUACAACACAGAUGCACCCAACCCUAAUGAACUCACAGGAGCCAUUCUGGGUGGCCCUGACAGGGCGGAUAACUUUAUAGACUCACGAGUUAAUUCAUCCAUGACGGAGCCUUGUACAUAUAUCAAUUCACUUGCGAUUGGCGUCCUUGCAAAGUUGGCAAAACAUCAUAUCUCAUCAUGAUGAUCAUCUGAAUAUAUAGAAGCUUAAUUAUACAGAAUUGAACUCUAAUAAGUUAGGGUUGUCCUCAUGUGGGUCAUAUAUAGCAUAUGUAGAAAUAGAUCAUUAUUAGAGCGAUAAUUAUUGUUUCAGAAUUGACAUUAAUCCAAAACCAUUUCUUUU